GAAGACUAAAAAUUGGAGCUGGAACCUGGUCUCCCUGAGUCCUGCUCUGUCUCUCGCUCCUUUCCCAUCUCUCUCUCUCCCGCUUCUUCCAGUUCGGCCCAACGUGAAAGUUUCCCCCAUGAAAUCAGGGUCCCAGCCCCACUCCCACCUGCUGCUUUGCACCGUGAUGGGGUUUUACCCCUCGGGGAUCGAGAUCAAGUGGCUGAAGAACGGGCAGGAGCAGACGGACGGGGUGGUGUCCAUGGAGCUGCUCCAGAACGGAGACUGGACCUUCCAGAUCCUGGUGAUGCUGGAGAUGAGCCCCCGGUGUGGGGGCGUGUACACCUGCCAGGUGGAGCACAUCAGCCUGCGGGGCCCCCUCACCGUGCACUGGGAGGCACAGGCUGACUCUGCCGGGCCUCACUGCCAGGUGGUGAUGUCGCUUUCCCUGCCGGGCUCCUGA